CCUUACCUCUCCAUGCCAUAUGUUGUCUACGCCCGCAACAGCAGCUGCGCUUUGGCCGGAUCUCGCCUGAGGAGAGCAGUAUCUAUGUCUCCGUCGAGUCAUCGAAUGGCACGGGAAGCACACGCUCCAACGCGCGAUUGCGGCCAGGGUCUUUCCCCGCAUCUGGCUGCCGAGGCUUCAACACCAUGAAGUUUGGCAUCUUGAGACCGCAAAACGAUGCGUAGCUUUUUGAACCCGCGAGAGCUCACAGCACAGGCUCUACUCAAAAGCUCACCUAUACCUGGGUGACCUCGCACCGCCAUUGACGUCGUAAUCGCGAUACCCAAACACAAUGGCACUGGGAAACUACACCAACCUACGCGUCGACCGCCACGACCGCGUCUUCGUCAUCACGCUCGCAAAAGCCCCUGAGAACCGAAUAAACGUCGCCUUCGCACAAGAAAUAAUACGCGCGCUCCGCGACAUCGAGCAAGAACUAGGCGCCGACUCAGAAGGCUGUGUGAUAACGCGAGGAAACGACGAGAAGUUCUGGUGCACAGGACUCGAGCUAGACGAGAGCGACACAAACCCGUUCGCAAACAGCGAUGGUUUCUUCCCGCUCCUAGCCACCUUGCUCGACUACCCGUUCCCCACCAUCGCUCUGCUAACAGGCCACACAUUCGGCGGAGCCUGCCCCUUCGCUCUCGCGCACGACUACCGCAUUAUGAACUCGUCGCGCGGCUUCUUCUCUAUGCCGCCUGUGAACCUCGGUCUGCACUUCCCUGGCAUCGGGUUUCUUCCAAGGCUUAAGCUAAGGCCGCAGAUUGCAAGGAAGAUGUUGCUUGAGGCGCAUCGCUGGACGGGCAAGGAGGCAUACGAGGAUGGCAUUGUGGAUGAGAUUGCGGAGCCGAAGGUUAUGCUUGAGGUUGCGCUGAAGAAGGCGAGGGAUGUGCAAGGGAGGGCUAAGAUGGGCGUGUAUAGUGUGCUGAGGAAUGAGCUUUGGGGCGAGGCGGCGGAGAAGAUAAGGGGGAUUUGUUAUGUGCAUGGUAAGAUGGUUACUGCGCCUGCGAAGGCGAAGAUUUAGAGUUCUCGGGUUCUGUGAAUUUGGAGUGAGGUGCAUAGUAUGUAGCUGGUUCCUUCCACAAUUCGCGUGGACGUGCCUCAUUUCGUCAUGGACCCGCGCAUCAUCCCAUCGCAACUUCCUUUCGCCUCAUCUCACUUCAG